CGUCCGCCUCAAUGGUGCUCUACAUUGGAGAAGGGGCGGCGGGCUGGCCCCGAGCUUAGGCUGCUGGUCUCCGGAGGAUAACAUUUGGAGCUUCUAAAUUAGCACUGACCCUGAGGUUAGUGAAAAACGACGCCGGAAUGUGGAGGCCCUGACUCAGGGCCAAGAAGCGAAGUCCUUUGAACAGGAACUCGCAUGAAGGGAAAGGAGCCAGGCGCCUUGGAAACGCUGUUCAAGGAUGGCGACUGAUGUAGGGAUGUUGCACCAAAGACGGGUGGAUAAGUGAAAUAUAGCCUCCUCUGCGACAACGUGGCAAGGGGGACAAAGACUUAGUUCUGAGGCUCCAGGCACAAUGACUCAAGCAGAAAUUAAACUGUGCUCUUUAUUGCUGCAAGAGCAUUUUGGUGAGAUUGUGGAAAAAAUUGGAGUCCACCUAAUCAGAACCGGCAGCCAGCCUCUUAGAGUAAUUGCCCAUGACACGGGAACAUCCCUGGACCAGGUGAAAAAAGCGCUUUGUGUCCUCAUCCACCAUAACCUGGUGAUCUAUCGUGUGCAUAAGCGCAGUGUGGUGGAGUAUGAAGCCCAGUGUAGCCGUGUGUUGCGAAUGCUUCGGUAUCCCCGGUACAUCUAUACUACCAAAACGCUGUACAGUGACACCGGCGAGCUGAUUGUUGAGGAGCUCCUGUUGAAUGGCAAAAUGACAAUGUCAGCUGUGGUGAAGAAAGUAGCAGACCGACUCACGGAGACCAUGGAGGAUGGCAAGACCAUGGACUACGCCGAGGUGUCAAAUGCAUUUGUGCGACUGGCAGAUACUCACUUUGUACAGCGCUGUCCUCUGGUUCCUGCCCCUGGCAGUUCUGACCCUGAGCCACCACUACCUGCCCCGACUCUUGUCAUUAAUGAGAAGGACAUGUACCUAGUUCCUAAACUGAGCUUGAUAGGUGUUCCUGAGACGAGACAGGAGCCAAGGCUGAGUCUCCUGAAGCUCACAGGCCAGCUGUCCUGCUAUCCCAGUCCAGAUGAUGGGAUUUAUUGGCAAGUCAACCUUGAGAGAUUCCACCAGCACUUCCGUGACCAAGCAAUUGUGAGCGCAGUUGCAAACCGAAUGGACCAGACAAGCAGCGAGAUUGUGCGGACCAUGCUUCGGAUGAGUGAGAUUACCACUCCCUCUAGUGCCCCGUUUACCCAGCCACUGUCUUCUAAUGAGAUCUUCAGGUCCCUGCCUGUUGGCUAUAACAUCUCUAAGCAAGUCCUCGAUCAAUACCUUACGCUGUUGGCAGAUGACCCCCUAGAGUUUAUUGGAAAGUCUGGCGACAGCGGUGGAGGAAUGUAUGUCAUCAACCUCCACAAGGCAUUAGCAUCCCUGGCCACUGCGACUCUGGAGUCUGUCAUCCAGGAGAGAUUUGGGUCUCGCUGUGCCAGAAUAUUCCGUCUGGUGUUGCAGAAGAAACACCUGGAGCAGAAGCAGGUGGAGGACUUUGCGAUGAUUCCUGCAAAGGAGGCAAAGGACAUGUUGUAUAAGAUGCUCUCAGAAAACUUCAUAUCACUCCAGGAAAUUCCUAAAACCCCAGACCACGCGCCAUCCAGGACCUUCUAUCUGUACACCGUGAAUGUGCUGUCGGCCGCCAGGAUGCUGUUGCACAGGUGCUAUAAGAGCAUAGCCAACCUGAUAGAAAGGCGGCAGUUUGAAACGAAGGAGAACAGGCGGCUACUAGAAAAGUCUCAGAGGGUAGAAGCCAUCAUUGCAUCAAUGCAGGCCACGGGUGCAGAGGAGGUGCAGCUACAGGAGAUAGAGGAGAUGAUCACAGCCCCUGAGCGGCAGCAGCUGGAGACGCUGAAACGCAACGUUAACAAGUUGGAUGCCAGUGAGAUCCAGGUAGAUGAAACCAUCUUCUUGCUGGAGUCAUACAUCGAGAGCACCAUGAAGAGACCGUGACCCAGAGGAAGCAAUGCUAGGAUCAAACUCAGGGCCUUUCACAUGCUAGUCAAGUGCUGUACCACUGAGCUACCUCCCCAACCAGAAACCAACAUCCUUCUCAGAGAUCUAGGAGAUAGAACAACAGGAAGAAGGUGCUUGGAUGCAUUCUUAUCUUUAAUCCUGAUUGUCCUGGAACUCACUCUGUAGACCAGGCUGGCCUCAAACUCAUCGUUGAUCCAUCUGCCUCUGCCUCCUGAGUGCUGGGAUUAAAAGAGUGUGCCAUAUCACCCAGCUAAAUUUCUGAUUCUGAGCCCCUGCUUCUGUCUUUCCCUACUGCUCAUGAUACACCAGAAAGAGACUGACAUAUUUUGUAAAAUUUGUUAAUAGACUUAUACCCAUCACUAUAUUCUCUCACCAAAUCCUUGCAAUGGGGAGAACCUUAAAUAAAUGAGAUUAA